UUUUGCGGCAUCAAUAGUUAUAAUAAACAUGUUUAUUUGUUUUUAUCCACAUACAAAUAAUUAACUAUACACGUACAUGCACGUAAUUAAUGAUGAUAAUAUGGUUAAAAAAAAUUAAACGAAUAAAAAAUGAACGACGAUAAUCAUUAGAGUUAAUACAAAACAUGUAGGUGAGAACCUAAAGACAAAGAGACAUUAAACAAUAAGAAUUCCUCGCAUUCACCGUUAGCAUACAAAAGAACAAAAUGAUUGUACAUAACCUAAGGCAUUCCUUGGUGGAUACCCAUUUUCCUCCUAGACUUUAAUAUAGCAAUAUUAAUGAAGGCAUUUGGUAGCAAAGUAUUAUGGAUCCGUUGGGUGGUGGCAAAACUGGUGCCUUACUAAUUGCGAUGGGUUCAGCAAGUUUCGUUAUCACAAUUUACCAUCUCAUUAUCCUCUGUCGCACCCAGCGCCACGUCACCAACCAAAAUGCACAACAACAACGACAACAACAAGGGCGGAGCACGGGAGGGAACACGGUGGUGCCGCACCUGAUCCCAGCCCACAAGUACGAGAAGAAGAAUAACGGUGGUGACGUGGAGGAAGAUGGCACGUGUGCCGUGUGCCUGGGAGACUUCGAAGAGGGUGAAGAGUUGAGGACGCUGCCGGAGUGCAUGCACGCUUUCCACGUGGCGUGCAUAGAUAUGUGGCUCUACUCACAUUCCAACUGUCCCGUUUGCCGGAGUAGUGCCACGCCUCCGUCCGCGCUGAUCCACCGCUCGCCGGAGUUCGCUUCCGGUGACUUGAAUGAGCCUCACACUCACGCCAUGGAGAUGCAAAUAGCUAUAGUUCUUGCGCCACGCUGA